AUAGUUGUUUUACCCGGAAGUACCAAUCAAACAGUCCCAGCAACAAGGGAAUUGCAUGCAGGUCUACUGAAAAAUGAACGCGAAUACAGACAAAAUGAAGCAAACCCACUGAUAUGCAACCGUUGCAAUACGCGUUUUGCGAAAAUAGAUGACCAAGAACAGCAUAACAUGCUUUGUCACACAGGACAAAAUUGUUUUGAAUGUAAGCAGUGUGGUACGAAGUUUAGCCUGCGAGGACAGCUUAACCAGCACAAGAAAAAUCACAAGGGAGAAAAACGCUUUGAAUGCAGUUACUGUUACAAGCGUUUCAGUCACAAGGGGCAUUUGAAUGAACAUAAAAGAAUUCACACAGGAGAGAAACCAUUCAAGUGCCAUGAAUGUGAUAAGUGUUUCAACCGAAAAGGACUGCUAAAGCAACACCAACGAUUAACACACCAGUUAUCACAUUAUUUAAAUAUCCAAAUGGACGAAGAGGCAUUUAGUGAAAACCAACAUGAUGAGUGCUUUACCUCAACAGAGAAUCUACAAACAAACAAAUUUACAGGUGAACGUGGCAAGUCCAGAGGUGCAAAUGACAUGUUCGAACCUCAAAGGGUUGUAGUAGAAAUGGAAAGAGAAUGUACAAACAUAACAGAAACGUCACGUAAGUUAAAUUUGCUUUAUUAUUUUUACCCUUUUUGGUGCUUUCUCCAUCAUCAAUGGAGAUCAGGGCCCUCUCAUGUGAGCCGGAACGCGCCCGCUUUAUGCAAGUUCCUGGGGCCACAAUCAUAAACCGAUGCAUCUGUGAACCCAAGUGAACGGCGGCAUUUCUUCCCAAGAUACAAAUAGGGAGAAUGAGACUAGGAAUAGAAUGUCGAUAUCUGUUUUUGGUACACCCCACCACCAGUUAACCCCCACCGCCCCCCUUCCCCCUCAAAAAGGCGGUGACUAUCUAGUACUCCUUUAAGUGGCCAGCUAUAGUGCUUGCCGGUCGUUUUGCUACAAAGUCAUUUUGCUGCAAGUUGAUUUGCUGUAUACUGAAGUCUUUCCGCAGCAGAGCCUUUUUGCUUCAACUUAGUCUGUUUCAGGCAUUCCGUUCUUGCCCUAUACUUCCUGUCGUUGGACUCAUUUCAGUCUAUCAUUCGUGAUUUUACCACCACAUGGCAUUGAUCCACCUUAACACCUUUCACAGAGAUGUACCUCGUUUUAAUUGCAAUCUAGCUAUAUUUAUUUGUGAAUAUAGGUUGGACUCCUAUUGGGAAUACUCGGAUUUUUUCUUACGAACCGCCUGUAUCACUGAUUGAAAAAUAGUCUUCUCAUGAAUUCACCAGGUUCAAAAUUCACCAUCACAUCUCUAUAAUUUAGCAUAUAAAGCACAUAUUUCAUCUUGCAAACAGACUUGCAAAGGAAUUAAAAUUCUUGUAUGGAGCGAUCGGUCACCAACCUGCGCAGAAAACCCCCCUUUUACCCCCCGUUUAUCCCUGCAGCGUGUCAACCGAAAGGAGCUUAAUGCCGAUUACUCUGAAUUGUCUUUGACAGUGCUUGAGAAUGUUGUGGCAUUACCUUCAUCUGUGCAAACGCUCGUACUCUGUGAAGAUGGCGAGAUAUGCACAAGUCAAAUGGGAACUAUAAAUAGGCACGAAGAACAUGGAGAAAACCCAAUGGAAUUUAACCACUACGACAACUUUUUUUUGUUAAAUGAAGGAAACCUGAAGUGCAGCAAAACAGAACGUGCAGAAAGACAAGCUUUCCAGUGCAAGCAUUGUAACAAACGUUUUUCAGGAAAAUGUAGGCUUAGUGCACAUGAAAGGACUCACACGGAUGAAAAACCUUUUGCAUGCAACUACUGUGGCAAGAGGUUCCUUACCAAGGGAAUUCUGAACCAGCAUGCAAAAACUCACACAGGAGAGAAGCCCUUCAAGUGUCGGUAUUGUAGUAAGUGUUUUGGUCACAAAGGACAUCUGAACGAGCAUGAAAGAAUUCAUACAGGAGAGAAACCUUUUAAGUGCCGCAAAUGUGGCAGGUGUUUCACACGGGCAGGAGUUCUACGACAGCAUAAAAGAACUCAUACAAGGCAGGAGCUGUCGUUCAAAACUAACCAGUCGUCGUAA